AUGCCUUUUGUUGCUCCACGCAGGUGGCUCGACACCCUGGGGUCGGCGGCCAAGCAGGGUGUGUCCCUGGUGGCGCGCCAGUCGCUUCUGCAGGGCUCCAGCAGGCUCCUCGACGAGCGCUUCUCCCCGCUGCCCGACUUCUGGCUUAGCCUGUUCCACAAGCGCCUGGUUGGCGGGCGGGUGCUCCGGCUCCGCGCACAGCCCGGGACCGACCCGGUCCGGUUGUACGCGCACUGCCUGCGAGACGGCGCCGUCAAGGGCCGCCGCGGGGCCGUUGUCCUGCUCGCCGUCAACCUGUCCAACGACACCGUCCUGCUGCGGCCCAAGGACCCCGAGCUGCGCGCCAGCCACGUCAUGCAGUACGCGCUCGGGCCUAAGGGCCCGCUGGACCUUCUGUCCGAGGACGUGCAGCUGAACGGACGGCUGCUUGCCAUCAACGACAAGCUGCAGUUCCCGGACAUUGUGCCCGUGGUGCUGCAUCCGUCGCAGUCGCUAAUCCUCAAGCCGCACGGCGCGGCGUUCUUCGUGUUCGCGGACUACCGGGCGCCCGCCUGCACGGCCACUUUCUGA